AACGGCGCGGGGGAGAUCGAGGCGGCGAUCCUAUACGUAUCGGAGUCGGACGACAGGGGAUCGAGACUCGCUCUUCUUCGUAUUCACCCCCUCACGUGAUCCUCCAAUAGAAUAAUCCACCCUUUCUUCGCUUAAAUCCGGCCAAUCGAUCCCUUUCUUCGCCCACUUCCAUUCGAAUCUUUGUAAAGGUCUCGGCUUUAUCCUUCGACCGAUCGAUUUCUCGGUGUGUUCGGGCGAUCUGGGACGGGUUUGGAGGGAUGGAGAAGUACGAGCUGGUGAGGGACAUAGGGUCGGGGAAUUUCGCGGUGGCGAGGUUGAUGCGGAACAAGGAGACCGGGGAGCUUGUCGCCAUGAAGUAUAUCCCCAGAGGGCAGAAGAUCUGUGAGAAUGUCGCGAGGGAGAUCAUCAAUCACCGGUCGCUGCGGCAUCCUAAUAUAAUCCGGUUCAAAGAGGUAGUAUUGACGCCGACCCAUCUGGCGAUCGUUAUGGAGUACGCCGCCGGCGGGGAGUUAUUCGAGAGGAUCUGCAACGCCGGGAGAUUCAGCGAAGACGAGGCGAGAUAUUUCUUCCAGCAGCUCAUCUCCGGCGUCAGCUACUGUCAUUUCAUGCAAAUUUGCCACCGAGAUUUGAAGCUGGAGAACACUCUCCUCGACGGCAACCCGGCCCCCCGCCUCAAAAUCUGCGACUUCGGCUACUCCAAGUCAUCUGUGCUCCACUCGCGGCCCAAAUCAACCGUCGGAACGCCGGCAUACAUUGCCCCGGAAGUCCUCGCCCACCGGGAAUACGACGGCAAGCUGGCCGACGUAUGGUCGUGCGGAGUAACUCUGUACGUGAUGCUGGUGGGAGGCUAUCCCUUUGAGGAUCCAGAUGACCCCAAGAAUUUUAAGAAGACCUUUCAGAGAAUAGUGUCUGUGCAGUACAAAAUACCUGAAUUCGUGCACAUAUCCCAGGAUUGCAGGCAACUCCUCGCCCGAAUCUUUGUUGCCAAUCCAGCCAGGAGGAUAACGAUAAGGGAGAUAAGGAAUCACCCAUGGUUCUUGAAGAACUUGCCAAGGGAGCUAACGGAAGCAGGGCAGACAGCGUACUACAAGAGGGAUAACGAUGCCCCUACCUACUCCCUUCAGAAGAUCGAGGAGAUCAUGAAGAUCGUCGACGAGGCAAGGACUGCUCCACCAACUUCCACGCCUGUCGCAGGCUUCGGAUGGGCCGAGGAAGAUGAGCAGGAGGAAGGCAAGCAAGAGAACCAAGAGAAUGGAGAGGAGGAAGAAAAUGAGUAUGAUAGGAGGGUCAAGGAAGUCCAUGCAAGUGGAGGAUACCCCCUCAGUUGAUCGAAUUAUAGGUGGAAAAUAAUUUAGUGCUUUUCUGGUCUUGUCUUCCAAUGUCAAUUAUCGAUCUUUUUUGAGUUUUUUUUUUUUUUCAAGUUGAUUUUGUUGAAUAUAUUGUCUUUUGUCUUUUUUGGUACUUCAAACUUGUAAAAUUAUAUAACAAUGCUGCUAUAUAUAUCAACCUUGUCAUGCAGCAUGUAAAUGCUGGAAA